AGCAGAGGCUGCUGGGAUCAGAAGCAGCCAGGAGAGACACCACAGCAAGCAGCUUUCACUUCAGACUCGGCACAGUCUGCAGAGGGGAUGUGAACCAUUACUGGGCACGGCUGCUAUGGCCCAGGUGCAGCUCAACACCUGGCUGAUCCUGUGCAUCUUUGCUGGAUCCCAGAGGCUAACAGAUGAACAUCCUUACAGCAGGGACGAUGCCAGCACCAACGCACCCCACCGCGGCCCAGAGGACGCCGACGUCAUGUUAGAGAUGCUCUGGGGCAGGCUGGACAUUCAGGCCAACGGGACAAUCCAGCUGCGGGACGAAGAGCUGGCCUCCCUGCGCUCAGCACGGUGGUUCAUGCAGAUCUUGGAGCGUGAAGUUCCCAAAACACCGAUGGAGAUUGAGCAGCAACUGAGAUAUUACUCACAGACUGAUAGCUCUUUGCCUCUAACAGAGUUUGACCGCCUGCUUUUCACCAGUGUUUACUGCGCCUAUCAGAUCCGCUCAGUUCAGGGUCUGGAUAAAAAUCUCUGGAUCCGUUUUUUCUCUCAGUUAGCUGAUGAAAUCUUUCGUGAUCUGUGCAAGGGGCUCUGCCCUGCAAAUUCCACCCUCCUCCUGGCUUCCUGGCCCUCGAAGGAAAAGCCUUCACAUUUAGCAUCUCUGAAACAUUUUUAUCGCUCUAAUCUGGCCAGGACCAAGAGAGACACUUAAUAAAGGAAACAACCAUGGGAAGGUGUGCAUCUGACCUCAGCUGCAAUCUGGGCUGUUUCAAAUGCUGACAAUCCUUCCACAUUAUUCUGGACUUUGCAGAAAUAUGCCACAUCUCUCAUCCAGCUCUCUGUAUUUAUACACAACAUUUUAUUUUUAGAUAGAACAGGACAUAACUCAAAAUUGCAUCUCACACUUUCCUUUUUUUUUUCCUUUUUUGUUUUUUUUUUAAGUGGGUUGGGCUGAUGUAGGCAGUGCUAUUUAGAAGUGUUAUCUAUCUUGAUCACUGAUGCUUUCUAGGGAGUUGUCCUGGCAGGUUUUUUCCAGGAUGUUACACUGGUGUCUUAGCAGAAUUUAUCUUGAAUAAUUCAGCUUGGCGUCCUCUAUUCCUUCUGUGGUUUCAGCCAAAUGCAGUCUUUUUUCUCCUCUCCAGUAAUCAGCUAAGCAGAUGCUGCUGUGUUUCACAAUACAGGUAGUGCACUUAAUUUCAGCUUCCUGGUUAUGCAAUUCGCAUUUUAUGUGCCCAAAGUAAUUUUCCACAUAACGUGUUCAUUUUUCUUAAAAGAUCAACCAAAACUGCAUGUAUUCUACAAAGCUUCCCUGUAUUUGUAUAUUAUAUUUACAUAUGUAUACUGCUUUGUGUCAGCCAGCAGUUUGGAAUAUACUUUUUAUAUCUCAUUUAAAUUCCCAAGGAUAGUGACCUAGUUAUUUCUACAGCAGAUUUUAUCUCUUCUGAAGUUCUCUUCCGUACUGCUAUGGCACUUUACAAGACAAACAUAACAAACACACAAUCCUUAUACUCAAAAUCAGAAACGUAAUUAUUUUAUAGAAUGAGAUACUUAACUUUCUCUAUCUUACACAUUGCUGUGUGGAACUAAAUAAAUAUGAUCAUCUACA